AAUCUCCCGGGGAUUUUGCUUUUUAAAAAACUUCCCUCUGGGCUCCCACUUUUUCUCUCCCCUUCUUCCCUCUCUGUUCGUGCACCCAAGUUCUGAUUCUACCCCUCGCCUGCCCCGCACCUUGCAUCCGGGCUCACUCUGAUCCUGCGACUCCUUGGCCGCCGCUGCGCAUGGAAAGCUCUGCCAAGAUGGAGAGCGGCGGCGCCGGCCAGCAGCCCCAGCCGCAGCCCCAGCAGCCCUUCCUGCCGCCGGCAGCCUGCUUCUUUGCCACGGCUGCAGCUGCGGCGGCAGCAGCCGCUGCAGCGGCAGCUCAGAGCGCGCAGCAGCAGCAGCAGCAACAGCAGGCGCCACAGCUGAGCCCGGCGGCCGACGGCCAGCCCUCAGGGGGCGGUCACAAGUCAGCGCCCAAGCAAGUCAAGCGACAGCGCUCGUCCUCUCCGGAACUGAUGCGCUGCAAACGCCGGCUGAACUUCAGCGGCUUCGGCUAUAGCCUGCCGCAGCAGCAGCCCGCAGCCGUGGCGCGCCGUAAUGAGCGCGAGCGCAACCGUGUCAAAUUGGUCAACUUGGGCUUUGCCACCCUCCGGGAGCACGUCCCCAACGGUGCGGCCAACAAGAAGAUGAGCAAGGUGGAGACGCUGCGCUCGGCUGUCGAGUACAUCCGAGCGCUGCAGCAGCUGCUGGAUGAACACGACGCGGUGAGCGCCGCCUUCCAGGCUGGCGUCCUGUCGCCCACCAUCUCUCCCAACUACUCCAACGACAUGAACUCCAUGGCCGGUUCUCCGGUCUCAUCCUACUCGUCCGACGAAGGCUCUUAUGAUCCUCUCAGCCCCGAGGAGCAAGAGCUGCUGGACUUCACCAACUGGUUCUGAGGGCUCGGGCUUGUCUGGCCCUGGUGUGAAUGGACUUUGGAAGCAGGUAG